UACAACAUCACAUUAAGAUUUUUGUCAUACCACCUGACUCUAGCAUACACUGAGCCAAAUAGUGUCUUUGUUUUAGGGAAAGGAGUAGGUGUGAACAAUUGGUUUCAGGACCUUCAUGUUCUGAGUUUGAUAUGGACUCAUCCCUGGUGUCUUGCUCAGCUGAACAGGAAUAAGGGGGAAAAGGAAGAGCCUGCUCCUGUCUUCACAGGUCUGGGUGCAGGUUUGGUGAGCGAUUCUGUAAAGCCGAAUGACUCUGAAGGGAGAGAGCCAACAAGUGCAGGUUUAGUGGGUGAUGGAGAGAGAAAUACUGAUCCAGUCUCCUUUGUCAGCGGGUCCAAUCAAAAUCCAGAUGUCACAAACACAGCCACAAUGGAAAUUUCUGGUGGAGAAGCUGGAUUUGUUGUGGGUAAUGGGCCAUCUGCCGACUGGUAUCUGCCAUUUGUAACAGUGGCUGAUGCCAAAGUGCUGAAGCACUCUGGGAAAUUGCAGUCGCUACUGGAGAUUUUACACUGGGCAGAGAAACUACAGGACAAAGUAUGAGGAAAACAUUUUUGAACAGAAGUAGCACUUUUUAUAAGCUUUGCAUGGGUUGUUAUGUUCAUAUAACCCACUGUUCAAAAGAUGUUUUAAAAAGAAAUUAAUACUUUCAAAUUGAUCAGAAAGGGGUAGUAAAAAUUUGCCAUCACAAGAAUAAAUGACAUUUUAAAUUUUUUA